AGCCUUUAGCUAUCAAAUACGAGCUUGAACAAUAAAGACAGCCCACAGGGGCGAGAGGGGGAUUUGCUUUAAAUAUCUUAGUGACCAAUCAAAAAGAAAUAAACCAAAACAUGUCAGAGUAAAAAAACAUUUUUCUCGAAUCUCCAGAAAAAAAAUGAGGUAGUAUUUUUUUCUGGAAAGGGAAAAAAAUCUCUCUACAAAUCUCCUUUAGUUCAUGAACAGAUGUUCUGCUUCACUUUCAGAGUACAAACCGAGGAUUGUUUGGUCUCAGUCAGACUGGAAGGACUGCACACGAACACUGGUGACCGAUCACCUGAAUUCAUCUCAUCACUUUUGCGGACACCAUGGGCGCUCGGCAGUCCGUCAUUCAUAUUACGAACAAGACUGAGGGCUACACCCUUCAAAACCCCAGUCUGCAUCUUGUUAGCGGACUCUGCCAAAUCCCUUUGCCAACAAAACUUGGGCCUUCUGAAUGUGGCAGCGCUCUGUUCUCUAAGACUGGCGGCACAGCGCGAGGAUCUGUUGGAGUCUUCACCUACGAUCUCUACGAUACAGCUGCAGACAGAGCUGAUAAGAAAAUAGCCGUCCUGUUCUCGGUUCCUUUUGACUACGGCCUGUACUCUAACUGGUGCGCCGUCGGAGUCUUUGACGGGGAAACAAACAGUGAUAGUGCUCUUUAUCAUAAGAUGUAUCGCACUCCUGAGAGAGGGUUUGUCAGAGGAAAAGCUGAUGGCUAUGAUCUGACUCACACAGAUUUUAAUGUCACCAUUAAAUCCAGCAUGACAAACUUCAGCGUUGCAACGCUGAAAGUUGAAGUACACAUAAAGUAAUUGAAUAAAAAUAAAGUAAUUAUGCAAAUAUGAGCUCUGAUUG